GGAAGCUCUUUGGAACAUCAGUAAUUGCUUGCUUGGAUUCUAGGCAAAGUCAGGACAGUGGAAGAACUGUAACAAAGAAACCCCCACUUACAGAUAGACCUAAACUGACGUUCACGUCAAUCUUCUACCAAGUUAAAAUUUCAAACAUCAUUUUAUUAUCACUUUGGACUCGACUUCCCACCGCACCCAACUUUGAAAGAACCCUCCCAACUACGAAAGGAAUUUCAAACAAUCUCAUCCUCUUCAAUUCUCUGCACAAGUCAUGUCCCUAAAACAAUGUCAUUAAAACACAGUUUGCUGGAACUGAGUUGAGUUCGCCUUUCGGGUCCGAGUACGAGAUGGCGAAGAGAUCAGACUUUGCACAGAAGCUGUUAGAUGAUCUCCGCCUGAGAAAAGAACGCCUGGCUACAACUCAGAGUUCGAACUCACCUAAUAACACAGCAGUUGCAGAUGCAUAUUCAUAUGCAAAGAAAAACUACAGAGGGUCUAGAGAUUUCAAAACAACUGAUACUACUGGUUUAAGGCCUGGGACCCCGCAGAACAGGUAUAAAGGAGGCAAUAAAUUCGGCAGCGGCGAAGCUUCAAAAGCGGUUGUUCCUUUUGGGAGAGGCCAGAGCACAGGAAAAGUUGGAGAUUUGUCUUUGACUCUGGCUUUUGCCCUUGAGCAAGGAGGAAAACUCAGCAUGAUGGAUUCCUCAGGCAAUAAUUCAAUUCUGGCAUUCCUAAAUCAAAUUGGUGGGAGACCAGUGGACUACCAGAAGAUGGGAAGAAGAAAUAGCAUAGAUAGGCAUCAGUCUUCGACCAGCCACUUCCCUACUCUUUCCCAUCUCCACCUCAAAGAGAUAUCCAGGGGGGCUCAAAAGUUGAACCAGAUCCUCACAGCAUGCUCCAAUGGCCUGAACUUUGAUAGAUGUUCAAUAGAAAUUGGAAAUGAACUACUGAAAGGGGCCAUAGAUUUGGAAGAAUCUUUGCGGAUGCUGAUAAACCUGCAGGGUGCUUCGGAAUACAUGGGCACCCCCAAAAGAAAAAGUCGGAUCACUUUGCUUGAGGAGGAUGAAGAUGAAGAUGAUAGUGCUGUCAAUUUAGCUGAGCAGAAGCAGCUGGCUCGGCCAAAAUUUUCAUUUGACAGGCCCUCAAGAAACUGCCAUGGCACCCAAGAUGUUGCAAGGAAUGAUGUCAAGUUGAGGCUGGCAGCUCUUGCUUACCCUUCCGGAGGUAUAAAUUUCAUCUAUGAAAAACAAUCAGCACCUCGCAAGCAAUCAGUUAAGAGUAGUUCCAGUGUCAAAACUCAAGCUGGUUUUUCAGAACAGAAGAGCCAUUCGAGCUCUUCUCAAUCCAAAGUGGAAAAGGCGAGAAUUCCAAAUGUAAUUGCUAAAUUAAUGGGGCUUGAAGAACUGCCAGAAAAAGAAGACUCACAGAACCCUAUACAGAAAGAGUCAAACCCUUUGAAGAAAACUGUGCAGGGAAGCACCAAGAUUACUAAGAAGAGGACAGAAGAUGCUGAGAAUCUGACACACUUGCCGUCAAAGAAAAAGAUGAUAGAAACUAACAACAUUCCAGCAGUUCAGAACAGUCUUGCAUCACAAGCAGAAUUUCAACUGGCUGCACAGGCGGUUAUUCAUGGCGGAAAGUCACCCUGGAAGGACUUUGAAGGUACAAAACCGGUGAGAGGCUUAAAAAGGGCCAGUAACAAAGACAAUCUGCAAGGAAAUAUCACCCCGUUGAACAAUAACAUUGGAAACCAACAAAAGGAUGAUCAUGGAAAGCAAAGAGAAUUUAAAGGUGCAGAAAAGAGCAAAAUGAAGGAACCAGUUUUCCAGGAUGAGAUGCAGGGAAUACCACAUCAAGCACAUAGAAGAUCAGAAGCGACAGUCCCGUCCCAAGACAAGACAGGGUUGAAGGAAGGUGCGCUUCGAAGAGAAAACGUUUACACAGACAAGCUUGCAGUGGGCACUCGCCAGAAGUCUCAAACCAUUCUUGAAUACCAACAAUCACACAUUCUCCGGAAAUCAGAGCCUCUAGAAGAAAAAGGGCUAGCCGGAGAGAGGGGGCAACUGAGUGUAAAACAGAAAUUUCCAGCAAGGAAACGAAAGGGAAGCCAAUCAAUGUUCCCUGCUUUAUCAAAAUCCACGGAUGCUGAGAUUAAUUUGCAAAAGAAGCAGUCACAUAUAGAUCAUGCCGCAGUUAGUAAGAGAAGUUUCACAGAAGCUCCUGAUACAAUGCAGUCAGAAAGGUUUUCAGAUGGUAACAAGAGUUCUGCUAGCUUAAAUGUCAACAUAAGAGGUUCAGCGAGCGGGAAUUUAAAUCAGGAUUCAUCUUCAAGAGAUCAGGAAUCUAAACUAGCCAAGACGAAAGCUGCUGUUCCACCAACUAUGGAAACGAAACCUGUUCAUGAUCCAGACACAUGGAACACUGAAAGUAUUAAGGUGCAUAGAAGAGAGACUCCUCGAAUGAUUAACGAAGUGAUGGUCAGAAGAGGAGAUGCGCUGCAGAACUCUGCCAGGGCACAGAAACAUAAGAUUUCCGUUUUGCAACAAGUGAAACAGAGAAAGAACGACAAACUCGGUGCCCCCAGAGAAGCAAAUCUAACAAGCAUUGGCAAGUCCAAAGAACCUGAAUUAAGCAUCAUUAAAAAGAAAUCAGCUGCUAUCGUAGAACCAAUGGCUGUUGCGCAACAACGGGAGAGAGAAGCUCUGGAGGCUCCCAUUUUGUACACUCCUGCUGAAAAUGGAAGCCAAAGCCCAAAAGAAGCACAGACUCUAGUUUGGAAUGACAAUUGCCAGAAGAUAGACUCUAUGGUUAAGAGUGACCAGCAAGGUGGAGAACCUUUGCCUGAUGGUGGUGUACAACAGAAGUCUAACAUUACUGAAUCCAAUCCACCAAAGGGGAGAACUGAUAUGGCUUAUCCUUCGCAAUUGGUGUACCAGAAAGAUUCUAGAACAGAAACAGCAAGACCACUCAAAGAAAAUGAAAAUCAUCUGAAGCGGAUAGUGAUUAAAAGCCAGAUAUUUCUUAACACUGCAGAAGCUCUCUUCAAACUCAACAUCCCUUUUGGCAUUCUAGAUGUUGGUGGCCCUGACUGUCAAGAUGAGGACAGCAAGCUCAUAUUAGACUGCGGCUAUGAAUUAAUGAAAAGAAAAGGGAGAAGGCAAGAGCUAAGCGUUCAUCCUUUUGUCAAAGUAUCCAUCUCUGCGGUGAAGAUAAGAUCCUUGGAUGAUUUGGUCAGACAGUUAAAUGAAGACAUUGAGAAGUUAAAAUUACAUUGUGGGAAAGUGAAUGGUGAAGUCAUCUUGGAAGAGCUUCUGCCUAAAUUGCUUGAGAAUGAUUUGUAUGACAAGGACCCAGACGUUAAUUGUAUGUGGGAUCUGAAUUGGAAAGACAUGAUGUUUGCAUUCAUUGAAAAAGACGAUGUUAUAAGGGACGUGGAGAGAUUUGUUCUUAGUGGACUCGUGGAUGAAAUUACCAGAGAUCUUUUACAGUUCCAAAUUCCAGUGUUUUGAUGUGAUGAAGAACAGGGAAAAUAGUUUGGUUUUGCAUUGCCGUUUGUAAAGUAAACUGAAAAUUGUCAUGGGUGAUUUUAAAAUUUUCCAAUUUCUCUCUGAAGUAAUAUUGAUUUUAUGCA